CCAAGGAUGAGAGAGGAGAAAAGGAGAGAGUGACUGGGAGGAGAACAGGAGGAGGGUCUGGAAAGCUGACUUACACACCUUCACACACAAACAUACACACACCUACACACCCACACACACACACACAUACAUAGAGUGAAGCCCAGGAGAGUCCAGGUGGGAGUGGUAUAGAGGGAAACUAAGUUCAUCCUACCGAGGUCAAAACCUGAGGUUCAUUCCGAAGACACCAUCUGUUUCACUCUGCUUCAUCUCCUUGGACCUAAUCUGAACAGGACAAAUAAACCCAAUGCUGAGUCUAACAUUGAUUGAGAGAACACACAGGGUUUAAUUGAAGCCACCCAAGCAGAUGUCCAUCAGUAAUGUGAGAAUAGAGUGACUGUUAGUAGAAACGUAUGAGGAGUUAUAAAUCCUGGUUGAAAUGGGAAUGUUUUGAACCGUGAAGUUCGGAAAUUCACGCGACCUUUUCAAUGAAUAGUGCUUUCAUGCUCUAAUGUAAUUACAGCAAGCUACAGUACGUCACCUUACUUUCGAGACAUUAUUGGCGCUUGUGUCUUUUGAGAACUGUGACCUGCCCGGUGGAGAUUGUGAUAUAUGAGCAAAGGGGAGUGUUUGGGGCCUGUGAGAAGAAAGAGAGGAAAAGAAAUGUCUGGAUCGCUGAGGAAAAACAAACCCGAAGAAAACCGUGGAUGGUGUUUCAGCUUUUACCGGCGCUGCAGUGGAGCACAUCGUCAAUUGUGAAAUUCCUUUGGCUGUUUUCCAUUGGAACUGGUCCAGGGUGCAUGUAAAGGAAUCUCCCGGGACUUUGUUUAAGUACUUGAGUCAUAUUGUCUUGCAUCGAAAGUAAAAGUGCAUCUCUCUCUUUCUGCUUAACGGCUUGUUCCCGAAAAGGACUUAGACGCUGAAGCUGUAACUCUCGAUAUUGCUUUUUUCUUUUUUUUUUGGCCUUGAAAGGAGAGCAGCACUUGAAAUCCUCCGUUCUGACCACCCAUAAGGCUUCAAGCACAGGCACGCAGGAAAAACUAGACUUCUAAACAAAAACCCUCGGCUUUUUUCAUUUAAUCCCUUGAAGCAGCCAGAUGGAAACAGGACACAACCCCGUCAGGAGAGGGAUGAGCUGGACUGGAUGCGGUACCACGAGCCAUGGUACCAUGAUCUCAUGUGAGGAGGACACAGAAAAGACUGGAACUGAUUCCUGGGAAAAGGAGACGCACAGCUGGGUCAAAGCGAAGCCUCUGAUGACCUCCAGCAUCAGUCACCCAGUGCGGAAAACAAAUCUUGGCCGGAGCGCCAGCUUGUCAGAGAAGGAGCUGAAAGAAGCGAGGACACGAAGUCAGAUUAUCGCUGCACAACUGACGGUGCCGUCGAAUCCCAACUCCCGCGGUGUCCAGCUCUUCAACCGGCGCAAAGAGAGAGUAAACGCUUUCACACUUGUGAGCGUUUCCGGAGAAGGAGAAGGAAACCACCAUGAGACUCACAAUGAACCUGACUCACCGUCUCCAAGUGCAUUAACAUGGAACAGGGAGUGCUCAACUGACAGCCAGUUCAAAGACUUGAAACACAGAAGAAGUGAAACGCAACUUCAGUGGCCAGCUGUCGAAAUACUCAGCAAGGGGCAUAAAAUGGAGGAGUCUAGGGAAGUAGUGUGUGAAGCGGAAGAAGAUAUUGUGCAGGAGAGGCAUUUUCUUCCUGUAAAUGAUAAGAAUGAAGAUAUUCCUGAGCAUGGAGAACCGGUGAAGGAUGUAACCUCUGGUGGUGACAAUAGUCCUGCUGUUCCUAAUCAAAACCAAGAAACAGAGCAGCUAAAUGGGGCGUAUGAAGAUCCUUUGGAGACUCUUAAAGAUGUCCAAAAUAGAAGCCACACCACUGAGACCAAUAGUAAACCUGACGAGUCAGGAUCGAAGCAAGCGUCCAUCACUAACAGGACAGCUCGACCCUUUUUUUCCCCUGUUGCUAUGAAAACGACAGUAUCCAGUGAUCUCUCACGAGUCAUCUCUCCCAUCCCAGCUCAAUAUAAAUCACCUUCAAAUUCAUAUUCUGGGCAAGAACAUUCAACUUUUGUUGUAUCCUCCAGGAAAGUGUUCUCCCCUCCACCUCCAGCUCCUUCAUACCCAACCCCUCCACUUCCUAGCUACACAAGCCUACCACCAUCUAUUCCAUCUGAUCCUCCUCCACCAUCAGCAAUGUCCCCCCCUCCACCAUCUGCAUACUACACUCCUGUGACCACACCAAGCUCCACCUAUGUCCCACAGCUGCUGGCUGACAGGAGGUCAGUCACGCCUACUCGCACAGGCAUCCUAGAAGAAGGCCGAAGUAGGCGGACUAACCGCAAGCCGAUGUUUACGUUUCAGGAGAAGCCAAAAUUAGCUCCCAAUCCCGAGCUCUUGUCUCUGGUCCAAGGAGCAGAUGAGAAGAAAAGACACAGGGGACAGGCAGAAACACAUCAGGAAGAGGAGCAGCUGGCUCUAGGGGCAGAAGCCUCCAAUUUCCUGGUCAAGGAAGAGAGUGGUGUGGAAGAGGCUUUAGUGCCAGAGUGGGCGUCAACACUGAGAAGCUCCAGGACUCGAGCCAGGGUAGAACACAAGCCUGAGCAAUCCCUGACCAACGCAUCUGGCAAAGGAGCAGAGCUGUUUUCCAAACGACAGACCAGAAUGGAGAAAUACGUUCAUGAAAACGUAGAGGGUCUAAGAUCACCUUCUCCGACCAUGUCUUUGCCUCCAUCAUGGGUGUAUCCUUCAAACAUGCCUGGCCGUGUCAAGGCCAUGAUUAAUGCCUCCAAUGUCACCACAGAAAUUUCCAAGACGAUCCAGGCCCAGCACGCCACACAGAAAAAGAAUAUGCCAGCGAAGGCACCAGUACCAGCUCCAGUCGUGGAGAACCCGACACUAGAGAAUGGUUGCACAAGAGUGGAAAUGGAGCUGUCCCGGCACCAGCCUUACCAGAUUAAUUCAUCGCUGUUCAUCCUCAACCCAAUCAAGGAUCCUGUAAGCACUCUUCCCAAAGCAGCACCCCCUCCCAAACCUGUACUGAUGUCAUCUUCAUACUCCAAACAGACCUCUCUUCCAUCUACACCUAUCCCAAGCCAAUAUGACUCACAUGCCUACAGAUCAACUCAUUGCUUCUCACCACCUACGAUGCCUCUGGAAUCACAGAGCAGGGGUGUGACCUCCCCUGUGUCAGGUUUACCUCCUGGUCGUGUGACUUCUCCUCGUUCAGCAAUACAGGCACCAAAGCCCACCUUCUCAACUAAGAAGGCUGGGAUUACCCCACAGGUUAAGGAAGAAUCUCCAGUUGCACCUCAGUGCAACAGCCCCAGCAGCCCAACGCCUUGGACACCGAACCUGACCCGCCGCCUGAGCAGCACAGACAGAUCCCCAGGUGCAGUGUGGACCCCCGGCAGCCAGCGCAGCUCUUUCUUCACCUCACCACCACCAAGGAACAUCCACAACCCAAUCAACUCUGUUCCCUCUUCACCAACACCGAGGUCGAUCCAUAAUUCCGCAACCUGCUCCUCAAACUCAGGCUCUUUUUACAACCCGGUCACGUCCUCUCUAACACCACAGUCUAUCCAGAACCCCAUCAGCCCUCCCCCAACCCCAAGACCAUUCCAAAGCCCAGUUGCUUCAUCCCCAAUUCCACAGUCCAUCAGCUCCUCCUCAGCUCAAAAACCCCGCAAAAGUUCUACCGCCAUCAUCUCACUGUCCAGGCCAACCAAUAACCGCGCUGCCUCUACUCCUGUAUCUCCACCCUGGGAAAACAGGUGCCAGUCCCCAAUCCCCCUUCAAGACACCACAGCCAAUCACCGCCUCCUAGCCAAGAACAUCAUCAAUGCAGCCAAACGAAAGAACAGCCUAUCACCUAGGUCCCUGAGUGGCCAUGGUCUCCUUAUGUCUCCAGUGAGCAGUACCAUUUUGCCUUUUGACACCAAAUCUCCGAGUCCCUUUCAGUCUCCUUUGCUAGGCUCCCAGUCACCCACAUUCACCAGCCCCCCAGCCACCCCCAACCAAAUUGUCCGGUCCCCCCUGCGCCUCUACACCACUCGCUCGCUUACAGAUUCAGAUGCCUCAUUGGAAUCAGAGGACUCUGGAAUGCGUUCCCCCGGGCUCCGCAGCCACAACACCUGCCCUCGUGGCUGGUCUGGAAGCUUGCGUCUUAAAAGAGGUGGCAUGUCAGAAGACCUGUAGGUUGGAGCCCUUAUGAAGUAUGAUCUUUGGGUUAGUGCAUGGACUAUUCAGUGGGUUAGAACAGUGGUCAUCUUUCAUCCUUCUGAAGACUUACCUGUAGACUUUAUUUUACAACACUUUAUUCAGCUACAAUGCUUGGCUAUGCUUUUGCGUGAUGGACAAAAAAAAAAAAAAAGACAAGUGGUCUAAAGGGAAUACACAGUGUAUGCAAUGAAAGAUCUUCUAAAACAGCGGACAAACGUUUUAAAAUGAAUUCCUCAAACCAGUCCCUUGGGUUUGUGACUACUGGAUGAUGUAGAAUGGAUACAGUCUAUUGACCAGGGAAAAUGGAUUACAAAUUAGGAAUAACUGAGAAUGGAUAAGAGCAAGGCCUAUAAUCCGUGGGUACUAACGAAUGAAUAAGAGAAUGUACUGCAAUCAAGGAAUCAAGAGAAUGGACUACAAUGUAGGAAUCAUACAAAAAGGACCGGUUGACCAGCUAUAAUCAAAGAAUUCUAGAGAAUGGAUAGGAGAAUGGACAACAAUCAAAGGAUCCUAAAGAAUGGACAACAAUUAAGGGAUCCUAUAGAAUGGACAACUAUUAUGGGAUCCUAGAGAACUGAUAAAAGAAUCAACUACAAUCUAGUAAUCCUGAAGUAUGUGUGGGAGAUUUGUCUAUAAAACGGGCCGAGACUGAUUCCUAUUUUAUUUCUCUUAUUCGUUUACAUUCUGAAUGUAAUGCUGGGGGAGUUUGGGAUUUAAUCAACAUUUGUGUUGUAUCAUGUUAAUCUGCUUGGAUUUAUGAAGCAAUAAUGAAAAAAAAAGCCUUUUAUUUUUUUGAUCAGUGGUAUUCAGUCUCAGACAGGUUUCAUUUUCUGCACACUUUUUUUUGGUGUUAUUUUAUGUGCUCUGCCACACCUAAUGAUGGACUUGGUAAUAGGACUGAGUGGAACCAGGUGUGUGUUGAAUGAGGGGAAAAACACUAGCCUGUGCAAUAAAAGCCCAUGCCUGGCACUGAAUACCUCUGCUUUUACUGCCUUGCACCUGACUGUUUGUUGUUUUGACAGACUGCACAUCUCCUUGCAUUGCUUUACCAAAGAAUUUCAAAGGCUUUUGGUGACCAAAGAAACGUUUGACAAGUGCCUUCGAAACAGUGUUAUACAGUAUAUUCUCAUUUUUCUGCAUUUUGCCUCAUUAAUUUUUUUUGUUGUUGUUCUUGUUGUUCAGUAUUGAUUUGGGAUCAUUGGAAUGCAAUGGCAUGUAGUUUACUGGUGAUGGAGAAAGUAUUGGAUUGGUACUGGACAAGAUGACUGGAAGUAAUUUCUGAAAGGGGAAAGGUCCUGAGUGUUUCGUUAUAGAGAACUGAUUGGGUUGAAUAGUAAUGUUCACGCCUGGGAAUAUUAUUACAUGCUAUAAAAAUAGCAACCUGAUAGGUAGCUUGCUUGAAAAAAUACAGUUAUUAAACUACGCUUUUAGGAAACAGUUAAAGGAAUCUGGUGGAUGAUGGUGAUAUAUCAUUUAGUCUAAUCCACAGUUUAGUGCAUACACAGACAAUUUCUUUUAUCUAAACAAAAGGUUGUAACGGAAAUAAAAAAGGGCAACAAGUGUACAGUUUAAGAAAGUCGAGGUGUAGUUUGGGUUGAAGCAUGUUGGAAUGUGUAAAGAAAAAUCUAGGAAUGCAGCAAAUCAAUUGACAAAUGUGAAAAUUGUAACAGACAACAGUGUUCUGUCGUCAUGUAGACAUUUACAUGACCUUUAUUUCGAUUCAAAGAAGGCAAAGAAUAGUAAUGGAAGAUAAAAAAAAUCACAGUUUAAGACUGUGUAAACGGGUGGACAAAUCAUUGAUUCAUUCGCUUGACGAUCGGACACUUAAAUGCUCAGUAGGCUAAAAAGUCCCGUACUAAAGUACAGACAGCUAGUUAGCUAGCGAAGUAAAUAAAUAAAGAAUAAAUGUGACUGAUAAUAUGAUAAUGCAACACAUUGCAUUUCAAAUAGGAGCGAUGUUAUUCUGUCUUUGCAUUGAAUGUAAAAUACACUGCCUGGUCAAAAAAAGUCAUUAUUUCCAGAGGGUCAAAUGAUUGAGCUGGAUCAAGGGUUGGUCAGGUCUAGGCUCAGCAACGUCAAGUGACGAUGAAAUCAAGUCAGCUGAUGACCUGAAUUACCAGUAAGAGAAGUUCUGGGAGGGUGGCACUUGAUUAGUGGUUAGCACAGCAUGUAAGUUAGAACGUGCAUGGUGUUUGCAUGUUCUCCCCAUGCUUGGUUGGUUUCCUCCUGGCACCCUGGUUUCCUCCCAUGCAGAUUAGGCUAAUUGGUUUUCCAAAUUGCCCAUAUUGUGUAAACGACUGGUUGGUGUAUGUCAGGUUGUACACCGCCUUGGGCCCUGGGUAACUCCAGGUUUUUCCUGCGGUCAUGUACAAUAUGGGAUAAGUGGUAUAGAAGAUGAAUGAAUAAACAAAUGGUUCUGGGAGUAAGAGCAAUCAUUAUUUAAAUACAUGAAUCAAAACUAAUGCUGAUGGAAUGAAAUCUUAGGGUGUGCAACUGUCCAUUUUCUUUUGGACACUUUUUUCUAAAAGGUCUUUACAAUAUAAGACAGCUUUAUGCAUUGACUAUUUGCCCAGUAUUUCCGCAUACCAGUAUACCAUAAUCUGCACACACUAAUUAGUCUACCUAGUAACAAUCGUUCCACCAUGAACCAGAUUGUGUCUUGGCUGAUGUGUGUGAUGUAACAGGGAGUAGGGAUAGGGGUUUAUCGCAACAAAAAGAUGGUUUGAUGCAGUCUAAUGUGAUGCUUUUAAGAAAACUCACAAAACUGACAAGCAAUCUGUCCUUGUCCUUAAACCAUGGGCUAGUGAUUUGUCCACCCCAGUAUAUUGUUCCGAGGACCAGACAGUUCUAGAUGUUUAAUGUAAAAAAAAUAGGCAGGUAAUAGAAAUAGAAUAGAAUUUGUUUUACCAUUUUUUCACCUGAAGGAAGAGUUCCCCCAAAAACAUGUCCAGUGAAUGUAGAGACCAGUGAUCACAAUGCAUCAUUUUCAUAAUGGUGACUUCAAGGUCAAUGAUGGUUUAUGGUAAAAUAAACAGUUUCUAGAUAUAGAGAAGGUUUUACAGAUUGAAAAAAAAGCACAUACAGUAUAUAAUUUUUUUCUUCACUUUUUGCACUUUUUUUUGUACUCGGAAGCAUGCACGGAGCACGUCCAUCCAGUGUAUUACAAACCAAACAAAUCCUUUCACUAUUUCUAUAAAUUGCUGACCAUCUCGUUUCUCAUUUGGGCUCAGCGCCGCAUGCAGUCAUGAUCGACGGUCCUUACAGCAAACUUGCCUGAGGUGUGAAAAACCGAGGAUCAGAUGAGCGGCAAAUCCUAUGGAGUAUUGCGUCUCAACACAUGCAGAAGUGAUUCCUCUGUGGAGUCGCGACACUCUAUCGUGGUACAUCAGCAGAUUACAGAGUCGUCGCCUGCACAGACGCCCUGAGUGACAGGAACACCAGCUGCAGGGUGACUUGGCAGCUUGGACAAGAAUAUCCAGGUCUCGGCUAUUAGGCCCCAGCAAAACCAACCCCAGCCUUU